GGGAGGUAUACCUGGCGGUGCAGCAGGGACCGGACAGGGGACUAUGCAUCCCGGCACGGCUGCUGGUGCUGCUGGUUCUGUUGGUAGUAUCCCAGUGCCCCCUUCUUUGGCCAACAACCCCAGAUGGCAGAAACUGACUCCCGAGCAACAGGUUUUGUACCUCCAGAAGCUGUGGCACCAGCUGCAGCAGCGACUGCUGCAGCAACGACAGCAGCAGCAGCAGCAGGCACAGCAGCAGCAGCAGCAGGGAGGGAGUCGCAGGGAGAGAGGUGAUGCCUAUCUCCCCACCACCGCUCCCCACUGCUUCUCUGGCCGGCAGUGUUACAGUGAAUGGCGCCGCGGUGAGCGAAGACAAUUUCUGAAUCUAAGAACGAUGGUAGGGGAAUGCCCUUGGUGGGGGAGAUAUUGCAGGGACGAGAAUGGGGAGAGGGCGACUGCGAGUGGACCACAUGUGGCUUGCGGCGGAGCUAUAAGGCAGCUGGAAGGCGGUGGUUGAGGGUGGUAGGUUGGCAGGGUUGUCGUGCCACAAAUACAUGGGCGUGUACUCAUAUUCUUGACUUCGUCAGCCCUGAAUCACCAAGCACGAUUAGUUAUAUAAAGCCAGGUUCAAGAAUAUGACCUUUCUGAUUACACUACUAC